AUGGUGUCACCGACUAUUAAACUAAACUCUGGCCAUGAGAUGCCCCUCGUGGGCUUCGGUCUCUGGAAGGUUGACAAUGCGACCGCCGCCGACACGGUUUACAAUGCCAUCAAGGUUGGAUACCGUCUGUUCGACGGCGCCUGCGACUACGGCAACGAGAAGGAGUGCGGAGAGGGUGUCGCCCGCGCCAUAAAAGACGGCCUCGUCAAGCGUGAGGAGCUCUUCAUCGUCUCCAAGCUAUGGAACUCGUUCCACGACGGCGACCGGGUCGAGCCCAUCUGCAAGAAGCAGCUCGCGGACUGGGGUAUCGACUACUUUGAUCUGUACCUGAUCCACUUCCCCGUCGCCCUCGAGUACGUCGACCCCUCGGUGCGCUACCCGCCAGGCUGGUUCGUCGACGACGCCGAGACCGAGAUCCGCACGAGCAAGGCGACGAUCCAGGAGACGUGGAAGGCGAUGGAGGCCCUCUCGGACGCCGGGCUGGCGCGGAGCAUCGGCGUGUCCAACUUCCAGGCCCAGCUGCUGUACGACCUGCUGCGGCACGCGCGCGUCCGCCCCGCGACGCUGCAGGUCGAGCACCACCCCUACCUGACGCAGGAGCUGCUGCUGCGCGCCGCCAAGGCCGAGGGCGUCGCCGUCACCGCGUACAGCAGCUUCGGCCCCGCCGGGUUCGUCGAGCUCGACAUGGCCAGGGCCAAGGACGCCGUCCCGCUCAUGUCCGAGCAGACCGUCGCCGGCAUCGCGGCCAAGCACGGGAAGACGCCCGCCCAGGUCCUGCUGCGCUGGGCCACCCAGCGCGGCGUCGCUGUCAUCCCCAAGUCCAGCUCAGAGGGCCGCAUGAAGGAGAACCUCGAGUCUGUUGGUUUCGACCUGGACGACAAGGAGGUCGCGGCCAUCUCGGCCUUGGAUAAGAACCUGAGGUUCAACCAGCCCACAAACUACUUCCAGACCGAGAAGCUUUGGAUCUUUGGGUAG